AUGUAUAUAAUAUGGUCCAAGUUAUCCAAAUAUUACAGCAACUUGUCAAGGACAUCGAGAAUUGCAAAAGAAAAGUGCGGCCAGGGUUUGCAAGGAAUUGAUGCUGGAAACGAAGAUUACAAUGUGCUUCUUCAAAAUUAUACUCAAGCUGUACUGGAUUAUACAUUUUAUAAAGAAAGCAAGCUUGUCGAUGAAGACUUUCCAGCUGCAACAGCUGAAGCCAGACUCCAGGACAUUUUAGGAGAGCUAGAUGGUGCUCUGCAAACUGUGGAUCUUCACAACAGGAAAGCUGAAGAGAUAGCUGCAAUAUUAGGAGAAGAACUGACAGAAUGCAUAUAUUGGAGAAAAGGUGCACUUUUAUACAUGUAUUGUUUUACAAUCAAUGAAGAAAAAGACCGCCAAGAGAAGAAUGGAGACACAUUUCUAAAGAAUGUGAAGAAAGGAGUUGGCUAUCUGCAGUCUAUGCUUAGAGUCCGUGCUCCAGUGGAAAAUGGUGCUAAUGUAGUAUUUAAUGAUAAUGACACUAUGGAGCUAUUAAGCAAAGGAAUAUUUAGUGACACUCAUUUAUUAGCCCUGAUGUAUGCUGGAGAGAUGUGUCACUGGUAUGCAGAAUUUUCCCAGAACCAUACACCUAAUGAAAGUGAUCAAUUCAGAGCAAGAGAAAUAGGACAAAAUGCAUUACAGCUCUAUAUUAAUGCUGUGAAAGGACCAUUGAAGGGCAAAGGAUGGAACUGUGAUAGAGCAGAAGAACUAAUAAAAGACUUACAGCUUUAGCUUUUGUAUGAAUAGUGUUUAUUUUAAAAUGCAUCCUUUAAAAAUGUCAUAAAAUUGUAUGGCACAGAGCUUCAUUUGCUGUCAGAUUAUUAUUGUUCACUGAAAAUUCCUCAUUCUUGGCUACAUCCUACUACUGUAAAUGAUGAAAGGCAAAACUAUUGGUGAAUUGUUGGUAAUUUAACCUGUGUUGUACAUAAAUUGUACAACUUG